AUGUGCAGGAUUGUGCAACAGCGUUCCCUUCCCGAGAAGUACAAGGCCUUGAGUAAUAACAGGAGCCUCGAUGCGUCUAGUAGAAUUUUGACACUCAAUCCAUUUCUCGACGACGGAUUAAUCAAGGUUGGAGGUCGAUUGAAACAUUCAAAUCUAACACAGGACGCGCGUCAUCCGGUGCUGCUACCGAAAAAUCAUGAGCUAUCAAGACGAAUCGUCACGCAAGCGCAUGUACAUAACUUACAUGCCGGCACCCAGGCUACAAUGGCCGCCGUCCGACAGCAAUUUUGGCCUUUAGCAUUGCGAUCUCUAACACGAAAAAUCAUUCUAAAGUGCGUUAAAUGUUUUAAGGUUAAGCCUGUUCAUUCAGAAGCCAUCAUGAGCUCCCUACCUUCUAGUCGUAUCACUGUUUCCUGGCCAUUCUCGUAUUGCGGCGUGGACUACGCCGGUCCGUUAACUUUGCGAGAGGGAAAACGCAGAAACGCGCGCACUCACAAAGCAUAUAUCGCCAUGUUCGUAUGUUUCGCUACUAAGGCGGUACACGUGGAACUAGUUAGUGAUUUAACCACCGACACAUUCUUGACAGCCUUCAAAAGGUUUAUAUCGCGCAGAGAGAAGCCUUCCCACAUGUGGUCAGGUAAUGGCACUACUUUCGUAGGUUCCCGUCAUCGUUUGCGCGAAUUCCUUGAUUUUCUGGAAAAAGAUUGCAUACAAGAUGAAAUCUGGUUAUUUUUGCAUGAUCAGCGAAUAACAUGGAACUUCAUACCACCCAACGCUCCACAUUGUGGCGGAGGACUAUGGGAAGCCGCGAUAAAGUCUGCAAAGUUCCACCUAUAUAGUAUAAUCGGCAACGGCCAUUUGACUUUCGAAGAGAUGCAGACUAUUUUUUGCGAGAUAGGAGCAAUAUUAAAUUCACGGCCCAUCGCUCCAUUGAAUGAAGACCCUAAUGACCUUGCUUAUUUGAGCCUCGGACAUUUUCUAAUCGGCACUACCAUAGACAGUUUUCCUUGCCACGAUUUGAGCGACACAAACGAAAAUAGGCUCGUCCGUUGGCAACGUGUAGAACAAUUAAGACAACAUUUCUGGCGACGGUGGAGUUCAAAAUACCUCCACACUUUACAAGCGCGUUUCAAAUGGAAAACUAGCAAAGAGGAUCAAUUAAAGAUCGGUCAAGUCGUACUAAUAAAGCAACAGGGUUUACACCCUCUUCACUGGCUGUUAGGACGCGUACAAGGGGUCCAUCCGGGCACAGACGGUGUUAUAAGAACCUCUGAGAUAAAAACGGCAAAGGGCGUUCUUACAAAACCGUUAACUAGGAUAGCGAUAUUACUAUAG